AUGCUGGAUAGGCUAUUUGUUCAGGAUGAAUGGCUCACAGUCCUUCCGACCCUUAAAGUAUCUCUCCUUCAGCGUGGACUUUCGGAUCACUGUCCGCUACUGAUGACUUCAAUGGACAGAGACUGGGGGCCCAAGCCCUUUCGCUUCCAGAAUUGCUGGCUAUCCGACCCAAAUUGCAUCAAGAUUAUCCAACAGGCUUGGCUAGACAGCUCUAGCCCAUCACUCUUGGGGAAAUUAAAAGGCGUUAAAGCCCGACUCAAAUCCUGGAAUUCAACAGUCUUUGGGAAAAUUGAUACUAAGAUUUAUGAUAUGGAGCAGUUGAUAAAUGAUCUCGAUGAAAUCUCUAACCACCGUAACCUUGAUCAGGCGGAACUAUUGAAAAAGAAAGAGGCCCAAGCAGAACUAUGGGAAUGGGCAAAACGAAAAGAAAUCUACUGGGCCCAGCAAUCCCGAAUCCAGCGGCUUAAAAGUGGAGACCUUAACACUAAAUUCUUCCACAUGGUAGCAUCCAACAGAAGGCGGCGCAACAAUAUUGGAUCAAUCAAAAUCAAUGGCUCCAUAAAAUCCGACCCGAAGGAAAUUAAAACAGGUGCGAAUGAUUUUUUCACCUCAAUAUUUCAUGAAAAGCACCAAGCUCGACCUGUAUUUGAUGGCCUCAGCUUCAACCAACUAUCACAAGAGCAGUCAGAUGCACUUACAGCUCACCUCUCAACCACCGAAAUCGACCAAGCAUGGCCUCCCUGUAACCCAGACAAAGCCCCUGGGCCCGACGGAUUUAAUUUUAAAUUCAUAAAAGCUUCAUGGGAGAUCAUCAAACAUGAUAUCUAUUCUGCCAUUCAGGAGUUCUGGACAUCGUGCAAACUUCCCCCCGCUGCAACACCGCCUUCAUCACCUUAA